GGGAGCUCAAGAGCCGGCACAGCCUUCCUGUGUGGUUUCAACUGCCCAGAGAGUGUCAUGGACCUGGUAGGGAGCAAGAGGUGGGUGAAAAAGCAGAGUUUCUGUUACACAAAAUGAAAACACCAAAGCUGAAGCUGGGCUGAGCUGGUCUCUUUCAUGAUUUGAAUGAGCAGCCCCAGGCACCCUCCCACCUUUGAGAGAGGAGUCUUAAGACCUCAGAAUUCUCCAAAACAGAGAAAAGAAAAAAUAAGCCUGUGAGAGACUUAUGUGUCAUAGCUUGGUCUGAAAUGGUGGCAGAGGGAAGGGAAACCAAUGAAAAGCCUGCUGGUGGUGGCUCUCCUUGUCAUUUUCCAGGUGUGCCUGUGCCAAGAUGAGGUCACCGAUGAUUACAUCGGAGACAAUACCACUGUGGACUACACUCUCUACGAGUCCGUAUGCUUCAAGAAAGACGUGCGGAACUUUAAAGCCUGGUUCCUGCCACUCAUGUACACCAUCAUUUGCUUCAUGGGCCUGCUGGGCAACGGGCUGGUCGUACUGACCUACAUCUACUUCAAGAGGCUCAAGACUAUGACCGACACCUAUCUACUCAACCUGGCCAUGGCCGACAUCCUCUUCCUCCUGACCCUUCCCUUCUGGGCCUAUAGCGCAGCCAAGUCCUGGAUCUUUGGUGUGCACGUUUGCAAGAUCAUCUUCGGCAUCUACAAGAUAAGCUUCUUCAGCGGCAUGCUGCUGCUUCUUUGCAUCAGCAUUGACCGCUAUGUGGCCAUUGUCCAGGCCGUCUCGGCCCACCGCCACCGUGCCCGCGUUCUCCUCAUCAGCAAGCUGUCCUGCGUGGGCAUCUGGAUGCUGGCCAUGGUGCUGUCCACCCCAGAGCUGCUGUACAGCGGCCUCCAGAAAAGCAGCAGCGAGCAAGCCCUGCGGUGCUCCCUCGUCACGGAGCACGUGGAAGACCUGAUCACCAUCCAGGUGGCCCAGAUGGUGGUAGGCUUUCUGAUCCCCCUGGGGGCCAUGAGCUUCUGCUACCUCGUCAUCAUCCGCACCCUGCUCCAGGCCCGCAACUUCGAGCGCAACAAGGCCAUCAAGGUCAUCAUCGCCGUGGUCGUGGUCUUCAUCGCCUUCCAGCUGCCCUACAAUGGGGUGGUCUUAGCCCAGACGGUGGCCAACUUCAAUAUCACGGGCAGCGGCAGCUGUGAGCUCAGUAAGCAGCUCAACAUUGCCUAUGACGUCACCUAUAGCCUGGCCUGCGUCCGCUGCUGCGUCAACCCUUUCUUGUAUGCCUUCAUUGGUGUCAAGUUCAGGAACGACCUCUUCAAGCUCUUCAAGGACUUGGGCUGCCUGAGCCAGGAACGGCUCCGCCAGUGGUCUUCCUGCCGCCACACCCGGCGCUCCUCCAUGAGCGUGGAGGCUGAGACCACCACCACCUUCUCCCCGUAGGUGGCGCUCCACUCGGACGAGAGGGACCUCUCCCAGGGCCCUGGUGCCCUGGGAACCGGACGGGCAGCAGGAGACUCGGGCUCCAAAAGCUGCAGAGGGAAAGGCAGUCCUGGCCAUGAAGCUCUGUCUCGUGGGGAGAGGACGUGCAGCAGCCCAGACCCCUGGCCUUAACUACCUCCACCCAGGUUCCAAAGCGUUGUGACCGAAAAGCUGCGCCAAAUCCUGAGACACUCCAAAACCAAGGCUGCUGUCCCCCAGACCAAGAACCAAGAGUGGAAGUGGGAAAACAGUCUGCACUUGGAGUGAAGGGAGAGUUGGUAACAGGUGGACCAGAGAAGGACGCCUGGCAAGUCCUCUGAAUGAAACUCCUUCUGACCCAGGAAGACAUCCUCCCUGAGAGUAAAGGGUUAAGGCAAGGUCUUCCAGAAAAUAAGGCUUUGUCUCUGAGACCUGAGAUGGUGGGGAGACUUCUCGGCUUGGCAGGGAAAGGGGAGGACAGCGGGUCAAAAUCUCUGAAUUCCUCCCUCCGUCUCUUUCUCCACUGUCAUCUGAGCCACCAAGGAAUGGCAGGCUCCAGACCUCCCUGAAACCACACUUGCCCAGUGCCUGCCACCUCUCAUCAGGCCGCUGCCCGCCCAGGCUCUCCUCAGGGAGGGGCGUGGUGUUUCCUGCGGGCCAAGCCAGCAGCCUUGCCUGGGCCAAAACCACGCUCCCGGCCAGGACUCUGGGGCACAGAUGACGUGCGGCGAGCCCUUCUCGGGUCUCAGCU